AUGUCUCAAGACGAGAAGGCCCGCUCCUCGGUCGACGCAGCGCGCGACACCGCGCUGCCCGUCCUGCCGACGGUGAACCCAGACGCACCCACACCGAAGCCAAAUGCGCCGGCCUCCUUUCACCCUGCCGUCUACGUUGCGACAUGGAUCACUCUCAGUUCGAGCACAAUCGUCUUCAACAAGUACAUUCUGGAUACGGCAAAGUUCCACUUUCCCAUCUUCCUAACAACAUGGCAUCUGGUCUUUGCGACCGUCAUGACCCAAAUCCUCGCACGCUUUACGACGAUUCUUGACUCAAGAAAGAAGGUGCCCAUGACUGGCAAGGUCUACCUCCGUGCAAUCGUGCCAAUCGGCCUCUUCUUCAGCCUGAGUUUGAUCUGCGGUAACCAGGCAUACCUGUACCUUAGUGUUGCCUUCAUCCAGAUGCUCAAGGCUACUACCCCUGUCGCUGUCCUGCUCGCAACCUGGGGUAUGGGAAUCGCACCCGUAAACCUCAAGGUCCUCGGCAACGUAUCCUUCAUCGUCCUCGGUGUUGUCGUUGCGUCAUUCGGCGAGCUCCAAUUCGUGAUGGUCGGUUUCCUCUUUCAGGUCGCCGGUAUUGUCUUCGAGGCUACUCGUCUUGUCAUGGUUGAACGCAUUCUGAGCUCGAAGGAGUUCAAGAUGGACCCCCUUGUCUCGCUCUACUACUACGCUCCCGCUUGCGCCGUCAUGAACACCAUGGUUCUGAUCUUCACCGAGCUUCCCCAGCUCACCAUGAGCGACAUCCACCGUGUUGGUGGUCUCACCCUGUUUGCGAACGCCACUGUUGCCUUCCUUCUCAACGUCUCCGUUGUCUUCCUGAUCGGCAAGACCUCGUCUCUCGUCCUCACUCUCUCGGGUGUCCUCAAGGACAUCCUCCUCGUUCUCGCAUCGAUGUUCCUCUUCCGCGACCCCGUCACUCUUCUCCAGGCUUUCGGCUACAGCAUUGCGCUCGGCGGUCUUAUCUACUAUAAGCUCGGUGGUGAGAAGCUGAAGGAGGCUAUCAGCGCUGGUGGCAUGAAGUGGGCCGAAUUCGGCCAGAACCGCCCCGCGCUCCGCAAGCUGAUUGUCUUCGCCGGUGUCGUUGCCUCUAUGUUCAUGAUCCUCGGCAGCCUCGGUCCCCGCUACGCCCCUGACCAGACUGGCAAGCUCUACGACGGUGUCCAGAGCGGCAUUGGCCACGUUCUCGGCGAGAAGGGCGCGUAA